GAUACACCAUUUAUGGGAUACUUUGUUUUGGUGUGGAAGUCUUUGGUGUUAGCGGGUCUCUUGUUUAACUUCUUUGUGCGCACUUUUUUCACGUUGCAACGGAUUGAAUGAUGCACCAUGAGUAAUAUGUAAUAUUUAUAUGAAAAAGUAACCAGUGGAAAUAAUUCACUGUUUUCCUUCAAAACGGUAUCGAGAAUAGUUCUAUGAGCGCUAAUAACAUAACAAUCGAUGCUUAGCGUUGGGCUAUGGCCAGACCAGGACGAUGUACUAAACAGCAUAAGGUAACCUUAAUUUCAUCAGGAAGACUUGCCAAUUCUCAAAGGGCUCCGGUAGCCUUAAAGAAAAAAGUAUCUGGAAGACGGCAUACAGUUGUGGAUGCUGGUUAUUCACUGUACUCCACUGACUCCGAGGAUCAGGUUACAACUAUACACAAAGGGCUAGACCGCUGUGCUGCUUUACUGAAUGGUAUUCUUCAAAUGGAAAAAACAGAUGUCAGGCGAUCAUGCACAAAACAAAGAAAAUUGGUUCCCUCAAAGGCGACCUCAAAAUUUAGAAAAGGUGAUUGUAGGAAGAAAAAGCCUAUAAAGAGGACUGACUCAGUCAACCCAGCUCCGAAAGCACCAGAACCACAUCACUCUGAUACUUUCAAUGGCUGCUUGACCACUUCUACUCCCAAAAUGAUCCCUGAAAAUAAUUCAGUCUGUUCUGAGCUGUCACAGCACAUCGUUGAGGCAGGAGGUCUGGGGCCAUCCGACUGUGAACAGCAAGCAGGAGGGGCGACACCAGCACCCAUUCAUAUGACCUGUGCCCACGUACCACCUGUGUUUAACAAGCCGCCUGUGGUUCAAGAUCCUGCGAGCCAAAACUCAAUGCCAUUGACCAAAUUCAGCAGAGUGAGUACAAGUGAUGAGGACAAGGUGGACUCUGUGGAUCUCAUCCCUGCAAUUGACACCAGCUGCCAAACCAGCUUUGAGAAACAGGUGCCAUAUGACAAGGUGAAAAAUAUGAGCCAUCAUGAAGCUGCCGAGAAAGUCAUGACGGUGAAAAACCUUCUUGGGGAGCUGAAAGCUGUUGUUGCGGAUCAAAUUGACUGUGUGGCUCUCAUCUCAGAAGUUGAGCAGAGUAUAUCCAUGCUUCCUGCCAUGGUAGACAAUGCCAACAUCCAGGCUGAGGUUACUAAGGCACUUCAACCCCUGACAAGUGAGAAUGCACAAUUACGCAGACGUCUUAGAAUAGUAAAUCAGCAAUUGAUGGAACGUGAAAGAGUGGAAAAAGAAGCCCUAUCAGACAACUGCAACUUUGAAAUGCUCUCUGUACAAAUGGUGAACAAGUCAUUGCAAAGCCAGCUGAAGGAAAUAAAGCAAGACAUAAAGGCUCUACAGAAAGAGAACUGGGAGCUUCAACAGAGGAACCGCCAAUUACUGCAACUCACAGAGGACCAACACGGGGAGCUGCAGCUGAUCAAGCAACACCAUGUGGAUGAUGCAGUGAUUAAAAGCCAUCUGCCUGCACUAGAUGGGUCUGAAAAGGAGAAUCCCAGCAUGUCUUUAGGUCUUCAGCAGAGGGAGGCCGUUGUCAACAGACUGCAGCAGGUGACCCGAGAUAUGUCAAGAGUCCCAUCAGAACCUCCAUUAGAAAAGAAUGAACCUGAACCUAGUUUGAAUCUCACAAACCUUUUAGACCUGUAUGAACAUCAAGAGACUGAGGCUUGUCUGUCCAAUCCCAUCUCUGACACUAUAAACAAAUUCUUGAACUCAUUAGAGGCAAACAGGAACUCUUCUUAUCCAGGAAACAGAGAAGUUCCUAGGUCAACAGAGGACAUUGUUUGCUCUCCAAAGCACCAGGUUAUCCUGUCAGAAGCUGAAAAGGAUUUUGGUUUCAGUCUGGAUGGGGAUCCACAGCAGGGGAAAUCUAUCUAUGUACCACUGAAGGAAAUGCAACCAUCAGGAGAUGUGCAAAGGUUCUCCCCUUUGGGGUGCAUGAACCAUGUGAUGUCACAGGAUUGUAGGAACAAGAUACUGGAUGGACAUUGUGAAACAGAGGUUGUGGCUCAGUCCUUCGAAAGACUGCACAUCUCGGAGCAGGCCUUAGUCCAUGUGCCUGUUUUUGAUCCGACUGAGAAUUUGCCUGCCGAGUUUGAUAUGACGCAUCCCUCAAAAUCCAUGAGCAAAAACAGCCCCGAAAAUGCUACCCUGUCUUGUGAGUAUAACAAAAUGGGAGGGACACAACUUUUAAUUUGUGACACAACUUUCACUUCUUGUGACAUAAAGUCUGUGGCUUCCAACUGGAGCACAAGCUCCUGGUCUUCAUUUAACACUUUGGAUGAGCAAGACUUCAGGAAUGGAUUAGCAGCUCUGGAUGCUAGCAUAGCCAGCCUUCAGAAGACCAUCCAGUCAGACCUGAACAGAUGAAGUCUUCACUUCCCUUCUCAAUUCGGAACAUGACUGACCUGUGUGCAAUUUUGUUCAAUUUUUACUUAUGUACGUUUUUACAUUAUUUAAUCGGUUUUCCCCAAAUUAUUUUCAAGUUUAUAUGAAUAAAGUUUUAUAAUGCUUA